AUGCCAACCCCAUCCAAACUCCACCUCCUCUUCGGCGCCGGCGGAAUCGGCUCAGGCCGCAUCUCCCGCACCUGGACCACCGCGGAACAAACCUCCUCCCUCCUUUCCCUCCUCCAGCAACUAGGCAUCCAGCAGCUCGAUUCGGGCGCCUCGUACCCGCCCGGCAGUCCGUGGGUCACGGAGCGGUUGCUUGGUGAGAGUAAGGCGGUUGAGAAGGGGUUUGUUGUUGAUACUAAGGUUUUGUAUGAUUUGUCGGAGAAGGGGAUUGAGAGGAGUGUCGAGAAGAGUUUGGAGUUGUUGGGGGUGGAGAGGGUUAAUAUUCUUUAUUCGCAUUCGCCGGAUAAGGAGGUGCCGAUUGGGGAGAGCGCGAAGGGGUUUGAUGUUCAGUAUCGAGCCGGGAGAUUUGAGGAGCUUGGAUUGAGUAAUUAUUCGGCUGCGGAGUUGAAAGAGUGGAUUGAGGUUUGUGACGAAAAGGGGUAUAUUAAGCCGACGGUUUGGCAGGGUCAUUAUAAUGCUAUUAAGAGGACGCCGGAGGAGAAUCUGUUUCCGUUUUUGAGGGAACAUGGUAUUAGGGUUAUUGCUUACGGUCCAUUAGCAGGUGGUUUCCUCACCGGAAAAGUCUCGCUUGCCACAGAAGCAGCCACACUUUCCGGUGGACGCUGGGCUCCUGGUCUGUUUCCUGCUUACCCAGAGACUUUCGAUAAGCCGGCUAUUCAUAAUGCUAUGAUUGAAUUCUGUAAGAAAUGCGAAGCGGCGGGGAUGACUCCGACGGAAGUUAGUUUGAGGUGGAUUAUGAACCAUUCUGAGUUAAGAGACGGAGAUGCGAUUAUCCUGGGUGCCACGAAAGUUGAUCAGCUGAGGAGUAAUGUGGAGUUGUGUAGGAAGGGACCACUGGAUGCUGAGACGUUGGAAGCCUGUGAGGAAUUGUGGAGGAAAGUCAAGGGUGAUAUGCCUGAUCUAUUUUAA